AUGUCGCCUUCAUUCGCUCUUGUUGCUGGUCUUACGGUUAUCAAUGCUGUCAAUGCAAUGCCAUUUACCAUUCCUUAUCUUGAUAAGACUGGGAGGAUAGAGGUCCAAGGUCACCGCGGUGGCUUGGGUAUGAGAGAUGAGGAAUCUCUUUGGGCUUUUGCCCACGCUAUGGAGGUUGGCGUUGAUGUGCUCGAGAUGGAUACUGUGUUUACGAGUGAUGGUGUCCCAGUGAUCUGGCAUGAUCAUUGGAUCUAUCCUACCAAGUGCACGGGAGAGUAUGUUGGCCAGUACAUUGCCAACUUGACACUUGCACAAGUCAAAACACUUGAUUGCUCGCUUCAACUUGCGGCUCAUCCUCAGCAAGAACUCCACCCUGGCACCACAAUCGCAACUCUGGAAGAAGUCUUGGAGCUGGUAAACUGCUACGGCGACAAGGGGGUGACAAUCAACCUCGAAACAAAGCUCUCACCUACAGCACCAAAUGAGACUCUUUCAGUAGACACAUACAUUACUGAUCUUGUCCCGAUUCUCCAAAAGCACGGCUUUGAGUCUCGCACUUCCAUCCAGUCCUUCGAUUGGCGCACUCUCAUCGGCAUCCACUCCGCAUACCCCGAAGUGCCUAUCGUGGCUUUGCUCGAUGAGACGACAGUCGUGCCUGACGAGACUAACAAGACCUACCCCUGGCUGGAAAACAGUGUUUACCCCUGGCUGGGUGGUGUCGACCUCGACUCUUUCAACGGUGACUGGGUAGCCGCAGCACGUUCUAUCGGCUCAUCGAUCCUCUCGCCAAAUCACGGUACUGGUAACUCGAGUGAUGCUACUGUCAACAGCCCUCUUUACGUUCCAUUCACCACCAAGGAUAUCGUGGACAGAGCUCACGCGUUGGACAUGCAGGUCAUCCCAUGGACUGUGGAUGCCGAAGUUACGAUUAGCAAAUUGCUUGAUGAUGGCGUUGAUGCUAUCAUCAGCAACUAUCCUGAGAGAGUCAUGUAUGUGGCUAGACAAAGAGGACUGAGUGUUGGAAGAGCAAGAAACCCGAGCAAGCCGGAGUGUCUAGUCAAUGCAUCUGCGUGA